AGCCACUUGCCACUCUCCUAAUCGUCUGUUGUUGCCAGCGAUCAUCUGCAAACGAAAUUAAAGCAAACCGACUGCUUAAAGCACAGUGAGCAUAGCACUGAGCACGCAGAGUCUCCAUGUCUACAAUCACAUAGCACAUGAAGGCGAACUCAGCUACAACGACAAAGCAGCGAGGUUGAUUAGUGUGGGGCGCCGUUGGUUCAGAGGAUUCGUGUUUCCCGGGCAACAAAGGAUCAGCGUCCGGAAAGUGAACGCGAGAUGGAAAAAGGGAGAAGGAGAGAGAGAAAGGGAAAGGCGUCGGAUGACCUGAGCAGGGAAUGAGAGGAUUGGAUCAAGCCGUGAGCACAGGCUGAGAGAGGGUGGACAAGACACUGGGAGGCUACAAGCUCAGCCUUAACAUACGGAGAAUUGAUCAAUUGAAAAAUAAAAACCUACAUCUAUCAUGGAAGAAAUCCCCAAGCCUGAUCCUCCAGUUGUGGGUAAAGUGACCGAUCACAGUAUUGAACUUUACUGGAAUAAGCACCACCAAUUGCAAGGAUAUAUAGCAUCUAAUCGAGGGCUAUGUUUUUCAAUUGAAGAGGAGGACAUUAAAACACAUACAUAUGGUAACAUAUACACAGGAUAUGCAAAACAUCAUGUUGUGACAGGCCUUGAGGCUUCCACCCCAUAUAGAUUUCGACUAAAAGUCAUUAGUUCUACAGGAAAUUGUGCCUACAGCCCAAUUGUGACAGUUUCUACAACACGGGAACUGAAAUAUGGAAAACAUCUGCACUGCGCUAUAAUUAAAAAUGACAUAGAGGAAGUAUGCCAUAUUCUGCAGUCAGGAAAUAUGAAGGUGGAUGUUCUUGAUGAGCGUGGGUUCUCUCCACUUAUGUUAGCUGCUCAGAAAGGAUACCAAAGAAUAGUGGAAAUUCUGAUAAAAUCUGGUGCUGAUGUUAAUCAGAAAAAUGGCAGUGGUAAAGACAGCUUAAUGCUGGCCUGUUUCGCUGGGCACCUGGAUGUGGCGAAAUGUCUUUGGAGAUUUGGAGCUACGUGGGAAUCCCGAGACAAUGGGGGUUCAUCUGCCAUACACUGGGCUACAGAUGGGGGACACAUCAAUGUGAUUGAAUGGAUGAUAAAUGAAGGUUGUAAGGUUGACAUCACUGAUGGACAUUUACUGUGGACACCACUCAUGCGAGUUGCCGUCCUGAAUGGCAGUACUGAGAUUGCUUCUCUUUUAAUUAAAGCUGGUGCAAAUGUGAAUAUCCAAGACAAGAAAGGAACAACACCACUAAUGGUGGCAGUGCUCAAUAGCUAUGAAAACCUGGUCCAACUGCUGCUGAAUAAUGGGGCUGAUUCUGCUGUAAAAAAUAAGUAUGGUACAAGUGUCCUAGAGAUGGCCAAAUCCUUUAGCACAGAGAAUGUGAUCAGUCUACUUGAAGAGUAUGGAAGACCAGAAUUUACAAGAUGAAGGGAGACUCGGGAAAUACUCAGGAGAUUGGGAACGUCAAAGGCAAAUCUCAUUCCAAAAAAUAUUGGAAAUAUGCAACAGGUCAGGAUGCAUCUGUGGAGACAGAGUUAACAUUUCAUCCUGGAAAGUUAUCUCUAUUACUGUCCAUAGAUGUUGCCUUAUUUGCCUGAGUAAUUUUUUCAGAUUUCCAGCACCUGCAAUAU